AUGAUCCAGGAUAUCCAUUUGGAUGUUUCCCAAAACCACUUGGCGAAUGACGCCCAUGACAUUCUGUCAUCUGGGUAUUCCAAAGAGGUCUAUUUUUACAUUCAGAAGACACUUUGGGCCGAGAACCAGCGUUUCGAGAGCAACGUAUCUGAAGACAACUUUUGUGGUUUGGAAAUGCAGAGACGCCAGUGGGAUUUCUCAUGGAAGAUUGAGCAUUAUGUUGAUCAAAAAGUGGGUCCUUUGAGAACAAAGCAUUUAGAAUUAGCCAAAAAUGGCGAUGCUCCAUUGGAGAAGCAACUACUUGACCAGAUCUCCUGGCUAAACAACCACAAAGUGUUCCAACAAGUAAAAACCAGGGUCUACACAAGAAGAUGCACAGAUGCCUUGGACAGUUCCCUUGAGUCCAGGAAAAAGCAAUAUGAGAACAGCCAACUUCUUGAGUUCUUUGGCCUCCUAUUUCUUCCAAUGGGCAUGAUGUUUGUUAUCAUGUUUUGUAGCCAGAGCAAAGCACGAGCUUGUGCGUUGGCUGGCCUCUACGUCUUGAUUAUGUUUGCUUGUUUCUUGGCAGCAACUCUGGGGAUACUCUUGCUGGCUGAUGAAAAGUACCUGUCAGGUUGGUUUGUGAGCCAGUUCCCGAUGACUCACCUGCUUUUUGGAGUCGGGUCUGAGUUUCCUGCUGAAUCGAAGUACAGCAUCAGUAAAGAUGUUUCUGUAACUCUCAAGGCUGACUAUGCAAAGCCCUCUUGGUUCACCCAAAGAGAGUAUCAUCGAAUUGUGACUCCCGGAACGGCCAUUCCAGACAUUCUCCUUCUACAGCUUCAAAUGGAUCUGAAUUCUGUGUCCUUCAUUCUCUCGAGAAUGGUGAUUGAGCUUCAGGAAUUCACUUGUGUGUGGAGGCAUGGGAAGUUUUACAAGGAAGUGAGGAACAAGACAUUGCUUGAGAAGGAGAUGUAUCACUUUGUACGUGCCUCUGAAACGCCCUUCAAAAUUCCAAAGAAAAUGUACGACUGUGAAUUACCCGAGGUGGGUCCCAGUUUCUCAUGCCAAGGGUUCACAAGAAGCUAUGGCUUGAGAACGCACAUCACACUCUGCAGCAAAAGCCACCCCAAAAUCGCUUUGGAGUCGUUUUUCGAGUUGAAUAUGGCGGAGGUGAAGGCUGAGCGUAUCAAGCAAAGCGAUGCUACCAACGACGAAAGGUAUCUUGGGCUAAGGGCCGAAGUUCCAGAACGCUACUCCAUGAGAAGCUUUGAGCUUAAUACCGAGAUGAAAGGCAUUUUGGAGACAUAUCGCAAAUAUAUCAGCAAGCCAGAACUCUCUGGAUAUCUGCUUCGAUCAUGGCAAUGUGGUACUCGGGCGGUAUUGUACUUGGGUAUGGAAGCGUCGGCAGGUUGGAAGCCAAGAGAGAAGAUUGAACGCAAUGAUUGCUUUAAGGCGGAAACUGGAAAAGCGACCCACCUUGCCGUGAAAAUGAUAGACCGGCCCAUCCACGGCGGCGAAAGCUCAACUACUCAAAAACCCUAUCUUGCAGUGUGUAUGAUGCACGGCAAACAGGUUGCUGGAAACCUCUCGAAUAUCGAUUUUGGAAGAUUCAAAAGAGCAUCCUGCGUUUCUUUUUACACCAUAGAGGACGAGCAAUUCCCUCUAGCAGUUUGUCUUGGCCGGCCUGCUGGUGGUUGCUUUGAAAGGCAGUGUAGAUGGAACGAUACAUUUCUUGCGACCCCAGGAACGAAACUAUAUGAUGUGUUUGAUAUCAAGUUUGUGCUUCCGAUAAGCUUUGAGGAGGCCAAAAGAAAUGGCUUGAAGCGAGACAUUGUCUUUCAACUACAGCGGAUCGAAAUUGAUCGUAUCAACUGUGAAUGUCACAAAUAUUGUAAUCACUCGAGAAAGACACUUUUGCUCAGUAAGAAUCUCAAAAACAAAAAGGGGUGUAACUUCCUGUGGAGGUCAUUUCACGAUGUGGUUCCCGGCAGUCCUCAUGCUCGUGCCAUUUCCAUCCCUGCUCAUGUCUUUGAUAUCAGCAUUCCAAAGGAUGAGAAGCUGUUUCUAAUGGAAGUGUCUUACAACCGCAACACCGCGUUGAAAGGAACAUUGUUCUUUUCUUCGUUUGGACGCAACUACACAUUCACCUGGACCUCGAAGCUACAAGUUUCUGAAUCCAGUACGAUGCUGUUCAUUGAGUUCAUGAAACAAAAAUCAACCCAUAUCAUCAUUUUGAAUAUCGUGGUUAUUGCAAUCGGUCUUGUGGGAUACCUUACCUCGAGCGGGUUUGUUUACGAUGCUUAUACUUCCAUCAAAGCAGACGAAGAAUGGAGGUCUAUGAAUUCUUUUACUUACAAUAAACUCCUUUCAUACUACUCCGAUACUAUAGACGACAUCAACUCCAUUUUUCAGGAAUACCAACCCACUUCGCCGCCGGAACACUUACACUUUUACAAGCCAAUUGUACUUCCUGAAAUUGAUUUAGAUUUCGACUGGAUAAGGAGUGAAGGCGAGAAGCUCUUACAUGAUACUACUGCAAACAAUAUUUGCAAUUCCGACACGAUCAAAAGUUGGGAUAAGUACUUCACCAUGGUCGAGGAGAAUUUUGACAAGAUGCUGUCUGUUAUGGAGACUAAACGGAAAAUUUUUCCUCAAAGCUUUCCUGUUUGUUCUUUCAAUAAGUUUGACAAACGGAUGAAGAAACAGAUUCGUGAGCAAGGUUGGGGAAGUUCAGAGCAUUCUCGGAGAUGUGACGCGUCAAUGAAGCACAAAAAAGAAAAGUUGGAACAAUUGGACUCUUCCAAAUUGAACGCUUGGGCCUUUCUUGUGAUCUGGUUGCAGGGAAUUGUCUUGUUGAUGGCGGAUAAACAAUCCUUGAGCAUCUUGCUCGGCUUCUACGCCCUCGUUUUCUUCGUAUGCUUUAUCACAGGAGGAUGCCUUCAGAGGCAAACUCCAGAUGCAUUUCUGCCAAGGUGGCUUGCAGAAAAAGAGCUCUCUAAUAUCGGUGGUGCAUUCAUGGGAGCUUUCACCACAGGUUGCGGGUAUUUAGUAAGACUUCUUCAAGCAGAAGUAAGGGAGGAAAGGAAAGAUAGAGAGAGGCAAGUGAGGCAAGUGAGAGAGAGAAGAGCAGAAGAAGCGAGACGCAUGGCAGCAGCAGAAGCGGCACGCAUAGCGGCACGCAAAGCAGCAAUUGCACCUACCAUGAUGGCUCUGAACUCCAUUUUGACGCUAGGACCCUACAGGCACCGAAAGGACUUGAGCCGAAACUCCGUGCUUUCAAACUACACCGUUAUCGGGUACAUUGCCGCCGGAACUUACGGAAAGGUCUACAAGGCGAAGCUGAAGGUGGGAAAGAACAGCAGCUCCGAUGAUCUAGGGGAGAUGGGCCGGCAGUUUGAAAAACAGGAGACAGUGGAAGAUCAUAGGCUUUUUGCGAUCAAGAAAUUCAAGCUGGAUAACCACUCCAGCAUGGCCCAUGCCUUGGGUGCUAACAACGAGGGCGGUGCUUAUACGGGAAUCUCCCAGUCGGCGAUCCGAGAAAUGUCAUUGUGUCGAGAGCUCAACCACAAGAACAUCACCAAGCUCAUGGAAAUCAUGCUCGAAAGCAAGUCCAUCUACAUGGUGUUUGAGUUUUUCGAGCACGACUUGCUCCAGAUCAUCCACUACCAUCUGCAUCCGGACGUGAAGCCGAUUCCCGAAACCACGGUCAAGUCGUUGAUCUGGCAGGUGCUUAAUGGCGUGACGUUUCUCCACAAAAACUGGGUUUUCCAUCGAGACCUCAAACCGGCGAAUAUCAUGGUCUCCAGCGACGGAGUGGUGAAAAUCGGCGAUCUUGGUCUCGCCAGAAAGUUCAACAAUCCGCUACAGAGCUUGUACACUGGCGACAAGGUCGUGGUCACUAUCUGGUAUAGGGCCCCCGAGCUUCUCCUUGGUACUAGACACUACACUCCAGCUAUAGAUCUCUGGGCUGUGGGCUGCAUUUUGGCCGAAUUGCUUUCGCUCAGACCAAUCUUUAAAGGUGAAGAGGCAAAGUUCGACAUGAGCAACAAAAAGCUGAUUCCGUUCCAGAAGAACCAGCUCCAGAAAAUCUUUGAGAUCUUGGGCACUCCCACAGUAGAGCAGUGGCCCAGUCUCCCGAAGUAUCCCGACUACUACGCAUUCCAGCAGCAUUUCCUCCAAAAGGGGGCCACAUACCCGCCCAAUCUCAGCAACUGGUACAAGAUGAUUGGCGGGAAGAGCAAGGGCUGUUUGACGUUGCUACGAGACUUGCUUCAUUACGACCCUGUCACGAGAGUAUCCGCCGAUGGGGCGCUUGUGCAUCCGUAUUUCCUUGAGGCGCCUUUAGUCAAGGAGAAUGCAUUUGAGGGUUUGAAUGUGAAGUAUCCAAAGCGUAGGAUCUUUACGGACGAUAUCGACAUCACCGCACAGAACAACAAUUUCAACAACAAGAGACACUACGACGACGGAGCGUCGCGGAAGAGGCAGAGGGGAUAG